AUGACUUUUUCGUUGUCAAUUCUCUCAUCGCGUUCCCUUAGGGGAAGGGUGUUCGCGAGGCUGGCACGCGUGAGGGUCGGCGACAAUGCGUUCAACAUUCCAGUUAUUCAUGACCGUAUGUUCAGUCGUCAUUACUUCGGUACAGGAACGACAUCAAUCAUUUGGACCCUAGGGUGUACUCCGCGAAUUAACGCCAAAAUUUUUUCGUUUCCUUCAGGGCGACGGCAUUUCACAUCUAACUCAACAUUAGAAGAGGAAGUCGAAGCAAAAUUACGGACACUCAUUAGCAGCGAACGUGUUCUGCUUUUGUUGAAAGGCACACCGGAUUCUCCACAAUGUGGUUUUAGUGCAGCAGUGGUGAGCAUCCUGGACAAGUACAGGGUGUCAGACUAUGCGUACGUUGAUGUGUUAUCGCAUGACCUGUUGCGCCCAUGCGCCAAAAAGGUGGCAAAUUGGCCUACAUUUCCACAACUGUUUGUUAACGGACGCUUAAUAGGCGGAUGUGACGUCAUUCAGGACCUGCACGAGUCAGGAUCACUUGGCAAUAUCCUGCAUGGCGACGGGCAUGACGUAUAA